GGAGUGCUACCACGAACCUGUUCUAGUACAAACCCCAGCUUUUUAUUCACCAGAGCAGUUCAUGCACGUGUAUGUAGUCUUCCUUCAUACUGUAGAACUCUGUUGCUCCCAUUAGACGAGUAGUGGCAAGACGCAAGUGUUCUACUAAAGCAUGGCUGAAUACGAGAGAGUGCUUCUGGUAAAACCCGAGGUGUUUGUGUACAAAAUUCCGCCGCGGCAAUCGAACCGUGGCUACAAGGCCGCUGACUGGAGCCUGCAGGCACCCGACUGGACAGGCCGGCUGCGCGUCGUCACGCGGCAGCAGCUCUGCUACAUCAAGCUUGAGGACAAGUCCGGCGAGCUGUUCGCGCAGUGCCCGAUCGACGCGUACCCGGGUGUUGCCGUCGAGCCGGUCAUGGACUCGAGUCGCUACUUCGUCAUCCGUAUCCAGGACGAGUCCGGCCGCAAUGCGUUCAUCGGUGUCGGCUUUGCAGACCGCAGCGACUCGUUUGACCUCAACGUCUCACUGCAAGACCACUUCAAGUCGGAGCAGAAGUCAGUCGAGCUUGAGCAGCAGCAGCAGCAGCCGGCACUCGACCUCGCCUUCAAGGAGGGUCAGACGAUAUCGAUCAACAUAGGCAAUAAACCAAAGAUGGCGCGACCCAAGCCUGCUGGCAGCAGCGGAGGUAUAGGGAUGCUCCCACCUCCACCUGGAAGCAAGAUUCCGACGUUGGCUCCCCCGCCAUCAUCGUUGAAUCCGGUUCGAGGGCGUGGCAGUCCUGUGCGUGUGCCGGCUGCCCAGAGUGGACCCAUCAGCAGCACCAAUACUCAGCCAUCAAGCACUGUCAACUGUUUCCUAGAUCUAGAGUUUGGUGGGCCACCAGCUGCAACCAAUGUGCCAGCUGCAACUGCAGUAUCAGCUGUUCCGGAGACCAUCGACUGGCUGCAGUUUUAGAAACAAGCUUAAACGUUGAGAAUAGGUAAUUCUGGUACUCCAUGGUGUACCCUAUAUACAUCUAUGUAAAUCCAGUAACAAUUGGUUGUAACAGUUGAUCACCUGGGACACAAGCUUGGAAAUUUUGCGUUUACAACACAAUGUAUACAGGCUAUCAGUGAAGAGUAUGAAAAUGUUACUCACAUGGAUGUUUAUUACGUAUAGUAUUACAUGACAUCUGUUAAAAUAGCAAUUACUAGAAUCAUACAAUAAUUACGCGCCCGGGACAUGUUGUCUGGAUAGUAGUCAUAACAUUGUAAGUCUAGGGGGUCGUAACUUUCGCUUAUGAAAUGCUGUCUGUGCAUAAAUUACGACAUUUAGACUUAUUAUAGUCAUAACCAAUUAUGAUGUUUCUGAUAAUUGGCACCCGAUGUUUAGACAAAUCAUAUUUGGAUUUAAUUUGGACAUAAAUUCACAAACCAAUAGAUACCUAGUAGAGGUUAGCUGUACUUUAACUGUAUGCCUGCCACUAA